AUGUUUGAUUUUCACACUGUGCUCACUAAACCAACCGUGGGCUUCUGUCGUGGCGUGUGCAAUUGUUUCACCACAAUCGCGGAUAUUGGCGGCGCGACGCGAGCGGCCCCACCGGACGGCCGUGAGCGACUGGCCCGACGCAUGCGUAUUCAGCGACGCGUCGCUUCGGCGAAAGCAGCACUCGGGCGCACGUCAACACUAGGUGAUUUCCACAAGGCGGGCAUAUCUAUUUAC